AUGGUGCUCUGUGGCCCCUGUGAAAAGGAGUGCAAUGAUGGCAGUAUAAAGUGCACGGGAGGAUGUGAAAGGAGUUUUCAUCUGAACUGCGUAAGUAAUGACUCUGAUGGAAAAAUUAAACGGUCGACGAAAGACUGGAAAUUUUCAGGGUGUAGGACCAAGUUUUCUUCGCAGGGCAGUGUGAAAUCUACCACUUCAUCAUCGGACUUUCUCUUCAAGGUUUUGGAAGAGUUUAAGAAGGACGUUUUUUCCGAAAUGACUUCGUUUAAGAGCGAAAUGAGUGAGAUCUCGACGUCGGUGCAGUAUGUGUCUGAUAAACUUGAUGCUUCGACUUUAUUGAUGGAAGAGGUAAGAAGCAAGUUUGACGAGUUGCAGAAAGAAAAUAUUUUGCUUAAAGCUAAGAAUGAAACGCUGAGUAAGGAAGUAAUUGACUUACAAGAAAGAAUGAGAAAUUUGGAGCAAUACUCGCGUGUGAAAAACAUUCAGAUUAGUGGUCUACCGGUAACCAAGAAUGAAAAUGUGAGCGAGUUGGUGGCAGACUUGGGAGCAGCUCUGGGAGUGGAGAUGAAGGAGACGGACUUCUCAACCAAGGGGAUGAAGGAGCAGUGGAUCACUAAGGCCCGCCAGAAGAAAAGUCUCACGGCCCGAGAUGUCAACCAGCACUUCCCCAUCCAGCGAGUCUACAUCAACGACCACCUCUCGCCAGAGAAUAAGCUAUUCCUAGCGAAGCUCAAGCAGAAGGGACGUGAUAUCGGCUACAAGUUUGUCUGGUCACGAGAUGGCAAGUUUUUCGCGAGGAAAGCUGAAGGCGACCCUGUCAAGAAGAUAGUUACGUAUGAAGACUUGGACAAACUUAAAUAA